ACAAGUAGAUUACAAAUAGAUCAGAAAAGUGUAAUAUCAAUCGCAUGUAUCUAUCUGUAUCUGUUACAAAAUUUUCGUGUCGUUUGCAAUUUCAUUAAUUAAUCAAAUAAAACGGAAAUUCAGGGCAGGAGAAUUUAUCAAAUCGUAAUCUUAUCCCUUCCACAUGAAGUAAGAUCUGUAAUAAAACUGGCGAAAAAUAUCCUGCCUACAAAAUAAAUAACUGAAGAUAUUACAAAUAUCAUUGUUUCUUAAACAUCAAAUUUUUUUCUCAAGGUAACUUAAUUUUUUGAGAACUUUAACUAGAGAAACUAGGAAUAUCUUAAAUCGCAGUAACAUCAACCAUAUGUUUCUAAACUGAGAAACUAGGAAUAUCUUAAAUCGCAGUAACAUCAACCGUAUGUUUCUAAACGCAUAUUCUCCAAUGAAUCAUUUGUAUGAAAUAAUCUCACACGCAUAUUCGUACUUAUUACUUGCGAAAAAUGCUCUUCUACUUUCUCUCUAUCGAAAGGAUCGCCGAUAAAUACUCUGCUCCGAGACUAAACGAAUAAAAAAAAAAAGGAACAAUUUUUCUACAUUUCUCUUCGCCACAAUCAACGCCCAUACUUUUCUCGAAAAACCGAUCAAUUUGUAACUGUGUGCAUAACCCGAUAACAUUUCAAUCAAUACCGAUAAUUGUCGCUAUAAUAACAGCGAUAAAGCCGCGAUAUCGCGGCCUUUUUUGCCUCCGAUCUCGAGCGGGCCGAGGAUAACCGAUAUUAACCGAUACCUAACCUAACCUGAAUAAUCCCAUCGACGAUUUGUUUUCGAAAGGUUCUCGACGAAGAGGGCGGUCGCACGCGAGGAGCUGCUGCGCCGAGGAGCUUCAGAGCUUCCAGACGUUGCACGUGAUCGGUCGUGACGGAAGGCAGCACAGCCCAACCGGAAGUCAGCCACAGGACCAACCUUUGAUCGACUACAGACGACUGGUGUUCAUCAGUUCGGACUCGUCCUCUGGCCGCGAGGAGGACGACGCCGACAGCAGUUGCUCGAGCUCCUCGUUCUUGAAUGGGCUGCCACGUCCUGGCAGCCACGCGCAAUCUCUCGAGGACUGCGACUGGGAUUAUUUCGAGAGUGGGUCCCUGCCUUUGCCAACAGGCGUGCCGAUCACCAUCGGCACGAGCAACGUGGCCACGGAGACCAGCACUGUCCAGGACUGGAGUUGCUGUCCUGGACGUGGUUCCACUGCCUGUCAGGCCUGCGGUGGCUCCCGAGGUGCGAACGUGCUGCCAGUCCCGGUUCCAAUCCCCGUGCCGGUGCCAUAUCCGGUACCAGUCCCAGCAUCUCUGUGGACCAGCGACCUCGCAGCGGCCGCCUCCUCGAUGAUAAGCCGCAGCAGCGACGCUCACGCGGAACCGGGAACACUGAGGUUGAGAGGCGACCCAGCUGCACCCUGGUUCGCUUGGCACCCGCGAUUCAAUCAGCCUCUGCACGGAGCCAGGCUCGAUCCACGGCUCACCGGUGUCUUCGAUCCAACCACAUGCUCCUUCAGACCCGAUCAAGUCCUGGCUCAGCCAUUGUACGCCGCCACUAUCGAACCUUCGACUAUUCCAACGACAGAGGAACUUAGGCAACGUGUGAAGAAUUUGCACGUGAAUCAGGAUGAGAACGACGACGCUGGAGUAAGCGGCGCGAUCAAGUCCGUCCAGGAGGCUGUUUCGUCGGACGUUUCCAACGAGUCGAAGGCCACAGAACAGUCAUCCGCGACCGGGCAAAUUGGUAAAUUGGACGAGUCGAAGGUCGAGCAGAGUCGGGAAAGCGAUGACGAGGCGAAUGAGACGAAGGACACUGAGGAGAAUUGCCAAGAUUCGGUGAGCGUGUCGUUCGAGAACAGAAGGGGCCAGCAAAGGAUGUUCCAGCACGACGAUUCCGGCAGCUCGUCGGGCCGUUCUUCCGCGGACAGCAGCGACCUCGAGGAGGAUUCCUCUUCUCACAGGUUCUCGAGGGUGUUCGUUGUUAACGACGACUCUCUCACGAGCGACAACGAUAUCGAGGACAACGGGGACGAGGACGAGGACGAGGACUCUGCCACCGAAGACGGUGUUACUUUGAAGAGAAGGGGGAAGAGAUCGAGUCGCAGGGACGAUGGUUCGGAGAUUAACGACAAGUCUGAGAGAGAGGAGGUCACCAAUGAGAAAAGAAGAUCUCGCGGAAAGAAGCACAAUUUAGAAACGAACGACAAACGGAUAUCGCUGUCGUCGUUGCAGCGCGAGAUGCCCGAGGAGAUGUACAUCGCGAGCGACAACGAUUGCUCGGAAAAUCAGAUCGAGUUGAAGUCUAUAAAGACCCUGGAUCCUGACAGCAUCGAGCCGGUCGUUUUCAACUGUAGCGCGGACAAUAUCGCGAAGAAAGAGGAGACAUUGCUUGACAAAGUAGAGAACGACGAAUUGUCAGGUCAAAUAACAUGUAACGAGAACGCCGAUUCAGACAACCAAACGCAGCUCUCAUCGACCAACGCUUGGGACUUGAACAUAAUUCCAGACUCCUUGGAGAUCUCCGGGCGGGAAAUGUCAAACGACAGUGAUUGGUCGACGAAGAACAUCGAGGAGAGUCCGAAAUUUUACGCCUCGACGCCGUUGAUAAAUCUCUCAGCCGAGAGGUGCGAGAACGGUGCCGAUCGCAAAGAACCAGGUAACAGCGAUUAUCGCGAAGCCGGAAUCGAUAACACGUUAUCGCAGAUAACGACGGUGGAGAGCGUAGAUCGCGACGACGAUAACCACGAGCGUGACGCGUUAAUUGUGGCCGAUUUGAAUUCGAACUUGAACGGCGGUGCGAGUAUUUCCUCAGGUUCGGACAGUUUCACGAGCAACGGGACGAACGCGACGGGCAGCGAGGUGAGCAGCGACGAACUGCACGAGUACGAAGUUACGUCGGCCAACGAGUUCUCGUUCUCGGCGACGAACAACGAGCUGCUGUCGCGAUUGAACAGAAAGAACGAGGAAGGAGCACCGUGGCGGUGGGAGAAUCGUCAAGGCGCCGUGAAAAUCGUCAAGGACGAUCGUCGCGAGGAAUCCGUUACGUCGAACAGGACGAAAUGGAACGCGCAGUGCGAGAGAACGCAGAUGGUUGAGCAACAUUCGGAUAACACAAACGACAAUGGUGUCGCAACCUCUCCGGCAGGGGAGGGGAACGAUUCAACGGUGAUUGCCACGGAGGAUGAUGAAUCGGUUGCGUGCGAGUCCGGAGAAUCGACGACACUGGUCGUGUCCAAAGAUGGCGCGUCGGAAGACAACGACCCGAAUCACGCAGCUGUCGGAGCCGAGUUGAAAUCGGCGAGCAGCAGCGGCGACGUGGGCGACGCGACAACCAGCAGCAAGAUCCAAGAGACGUUCAAGAACAGCGCGGCGAGCGCAGGUAAAGCGGAGAGUGCGCAUGACAGUGGCAGCGGCGGUUCGGUGAGAGGCGAGAAUCCUGCUUGCAGCCAGGUAGUAGGAGGUAGCGAAGGUGGCAAUGGUGGUGGCACUGGCGGAGGCUGCGCCGAAGAGGGGAUAGAAGGGGAAUCGACACGGUUUCGCUCAGUCGAGCGACGCCCGUCCACUCGAAAGGAGAAUGGAUUCCCGCCUGCCGCGUCGACGAACGAUUCCAUCGGUCAGCAGCAACAAUUGCCUCCGUCGACGAUACAGAACAACAGCAACAAUAACAGCAACAAAUACAGGAGCCUCGUGAUGAUCACUCAGGAAGCCUCGUACCAGCCAGUGAGCGUCAUCACCUCGGACACGACGACCUUGUUGCAACCGGAUGAGGUGCACACGGCUAGCCAAGGUCUGGCUGGGUACUUCCAGCUGGCGCUGGAAGCCGUGUCCGAGCAGCCGCAUCGUAAGAACGGCCAGGGUCCGAGGAAGCCGUUGAUGGUGAAACGGUUGGCCAGUGUGACCGCGAAUCACUCGGAAGCGGAAGUGGACAGCGGGCUGAGUGUCGGUAGUGCCAGUGAAAGCGACGACGUGUCGGUGAAAAACGCGGGGAAAAUCGGUGGAUCCCGGCAGGAUAACAACUCAGUCGGUGACGAGACGAGAGAGCGCGGCGGCGUGGGUGGUGGCGAGCAACGCGGCGAGGGAACGCGGGCACGUGUUUCCUCGCAGUCCAGCGACGACAACUCCGCCAGCGGUGGGGUGGUGAUCCUCGAGGAAGGUCUGGCGGACGAUGACUCGUGGGUGGAGGAGGUUUCGCACGACGAGGACGAGCCUGGAGCAACGACAGCCACGGAGGAGAGCUCCGAGGACGAGGCGAACAACCUUGGCGAUCGCGAGGAGGAGCUUCGUGGUUACCACAGACAGGCGAUCGACUUCACGUUGCACACGAUCGUCGAGGAAUCGUGCGAGGAGAGCGAGGCAGAGCCGAGUUUGGCCGCCGGUAGCCCGUCCAAGAAGCAACGACCACCAUCAGCCUCCGAACUGGAGAAGUACUUCUUCUUCGGCCUCGGAGGCGAUGGCAACAACUCGAGCAUGGGUUCGCGCGAGGUGGACAGCCUCUCCGAGACCUCGUCCAUUUAUUCCGAAGGUUUGGAGUCUCUGGGACAGGACGAGGCACCGGCGAACGGAGAGAUCCGCAGCCAGGAGAGAUCAAGCUCCGGGGAAGGAUUCUUGAACUCCUCGAGACUCGAGAAGUACUUUCUGUCGGAGUUUCUCGGAUUCGAUCAGGACAGACGCGACUCGGACGGUUCGGUAGGCAGUGACUCGGAGGGAAGGCCGAGUCCCGAAGCGCAGCGAAGGAAGAAGCUGGUUCGCGCCAGAGGAACCGGCAGAUCGCACAGCUCGUCUUUGGACAAUUUACUAGCUUUAACUCAAAGCUCGCAGAACCUGAGCUCGCAGAAUUCCCUUCAAGACUUGAGCUUGAAUCAGGACGCGCAGGAGACGCAGUCGGAAGGUUCUUCCACGGAGACCGACGGCGCGGACGACGGACAGACAGCGGCCUUUGGAACCGACGGCCAGUUCGACACGGUGAAACGAAAGAAGAAGAAACCGAGAAACCUGGGAACGCAAAGUCCACGCGUGCCGGACGACAGGAACAAAACUCCCGAGCCAAGUAGAGAAAUGGUAUUGGUGGGAGAAGUGGUGAUGGAGAACGAGGCAGAGGCCGUCAAUUCGGAAGAUUCCGAGAGAGCAAAGACGCCACAGCCAGAGUCUCUCUUGUCCUCUUCUUCCUCCCCGUCCACCACCGCGAAUGCUUCGUUGACGAAUGCCGUGUCGCUGGGCGUUGAUCCCAACAGAAGCGUGCAACUGAGCUCGGCAGAGUCUUUGAGCUACAGUCAACGAUCGAAACAACAAUCGCGAGAUUCCGGGUUCGUGGGUAGCUGCGACGACCUGUUACUCCAGCACCAGAAGCUGCCCAACGACGGCCAAGCUGCUGGUACCGAGCUCGGUCAAGAAACUGGGAAGGAUCGCUCUAACAACGAGAACGGUGAAAAUGCUCGGAACGCGAGUAUUCGGACGUCCACGGAAGGGGGGAUCCCUGGAGUCGAAAAGGGGAACAAUCUGUCCAAAGUGGAUCAUCACUUGGGCCACGCGACGCUGCCCCCUCACUUACCGAACGCUUCCCUGUCGAGAAAGGACAGCUUCAACAAUUGGUCAAGCGACGAGGAAACGAACCUGAUGAUGUCGAAGAUGAGACAGUUCUUCAAGACGAUGGUCGCGAAUUCGAGCAACGGGCAAAAUCAGAACACGAACAGCGCGAAUUCGAGCGGCGCGUCGCCCGCUCCCAGCCCCAGGCUGCCCGGUUACUCCUCGAAGGCCAGACUGUGCUCCCAGAAUCGUACGAAACCGCCGCAGUUGGUGUACUUCGAGAACGAGCUGACCAGGCUGAUGAAAACCGUGCCCGGGAUCCGGGACGAGCAAGUGCGCGAGAUCGUCGAGUAUCUGAGUUCCGAGGACACGUGGUCCGACUCGUACGACAGCUCCGACUAUACCAGCUCGGAUCUGGAGGGCGCAGCCGGUGGUCGUCGAUCAGCGUUGCAGGAGCAGAUCUCGCAAAGCUGCCAGCAGAUUAUCAGUAAAUUCGACACCACGUCUGGCGACAAUCUGCUGGACAAGGAGAGGGAAGAUAAAGCCGGGCCGGCUGGAAUGCAGCCUCCCUGCCUCGGCAGAGAUACCGCGUUCGUCUAUCAGAAAUUGGUUCAAAGUUUCACGAAGAUGGCCGGCGAUGGCGUGAGCUCCGACGCUAACUCGACGCCGCACAGUAGCCCACCGUUGAUCGCUAAGGUGAUGCACCACAUCGGCAGUAGACUGGUCGCUCUGAUGCACGAGGUCUCAGAGGGUGGACCGGCCGUUCAACAUCACUCGACAACCAGUUGGAGACGUUACACCCAACAUCAUCGAACGCCGUCCUCGGCCUCCACUACGGAAGACGACGACUCCACGUCCGACUCGACCAAUGCUCCUUCGUCGACGCACUUGCAGCUACCUAGAUCCAAGUCACACGAUCCUCUGUUGCUGAUCAACAGCCAUCCAGCGGCGUCAACCGGGCAAGAGGGCGAAGAACGCGAGGCCAGCGACUACGAGAGGUUCUCCUGGCGGGGAAGCUUCGAAUCCGCGUUAAUGGCCGCCGAUUCCAGGACGAAGUUGAGCCUGUUGGCUUGCUCCGGGGACAGUGUCGGUGCUAGUGCUAGUGCUAACGCGUUGGCAAUGGCUGCCAAGCGUCGCAGUGCUGGGGAUCUGUUGUUCAAUCCGAAAAGCUUCUCGAGGGAACAGUUGGACAGGGUUAGAAGCUGCGGCUCCAUCGGCGGCGGGAGCGGAGGUGCUGCCAGCGGAGGAUCGGUCGAAGAAAGGAUCUGGAGCAACAGGAGGAGGUCUUCUGUGCCUGAUGCCAACACCAGGGGCGAGUCUGGCAAACACGUCCACAGGUGACGAAGACACGGAGGACGAAUUGGAAUACACCGGUGAAUCUCGAGCGACGACUCUUCCACGCGGAAUGCAGUCGGCCAUCACGGCAGCGACUAAUUCUCUGCCGCGUUUGCCAGCUUCUUCCACUACGCCAGCUGGAUUAACGACCACGUCGACAACGCCUUCGUCGACGAUGCACAAGGCUCACAGUGUGUAUCAUUUCCUACCGCAGCAUUCUGGCGUGAAAUCGGCCAGGUAUCGGCCGCCAGGAUUCGCCAGGAACAGCAACGUCGCUGGCGCUAUCGGUGGACCGAAGCGUGCGGUUAGUGCUCCGGGGCUGCAAGUUUCCGGCUCGCAGUCUUCCGCUGGGAAACGUGACAACUCGAGAUCGAGGAGGCAGCAAGCUAUGUCUCUCACGCCCGGUAAGUCACUGUUUUCAGUCACUUUUCAUUAUUCAUCGGCCAAUUAAACGACGAAUUCAAAUAUUGGAUCGUUGGAUAUGAGUCAUAUUUGACGAAAUUUAUAUUAUCAUUCAUUUAAAUUAACUCAUGUUUGACUAGUUGGAAGAACAAUUUUGUUUUUUGUCAAUAGCAACUGCAUUUUUCGAUUAUGUACUUCCAUGAGGUCAAACAUCAUUUUGAGGAGCAAUAGUAAUUACUAAUUUAUUAUCUGCAUUUCUUUACAUUCGACAAAUAUUCAAUUGUUCAAUGAAUUCGAGGAGGAUUUUCAAUUAAUAAUUCUACAUUAAAUCGAUUUUUUUUCUUUAUAUUUUAUUUUAUCAUUAAUCAUUUUAAUUUUAGUAUUUAUUCGUUUAAUGAUUUUACAUUUAUCAGGUUCUUCAAAUUCUAGUCACUCAAAACUUAAUAUUUAUAAAAUUAUUUUUUAUCCUUAUCUUUUUUAUUAAAGAUUUAAUUACAAUUUUAUUAAUUUUAUUAAUCUUUACAUUCAUUUUUUAUAAUCAAAUUUAAUUAUUUUAAAGAGAGAAUUUGUAGAGUUUGCUUCUCACACGGAUCGAGAAGAGAAGAGCGUGCCUUACUUCUCACAAAAUAUUCUGUUUUCGACGUUCUGAUGGAAAUUUACUGAUGUAGAACAUGGAAUUUGCUUCUUCUAUAUAAAGUUGCGGAAUUAUUUUUAGGAGAAGAGCUUAGGAACUUGGAAUUAUUAAAAUAUUCUCUUUUUUGAGGUUCUGAACGGAGAUUUUUAGGAUUAUUUUUAAAAGAAGAGCUUAUUUUACUUCUUGGGAACUCGGAAUUAUUAAAAUAUUCUGUUUUUAAGAAUCUGAUGGAAACAUUCAUUGAUAGAACAUAGAACGUACCUUUUAUACAGGUUUUUAUGAGAUUAUUAUUAAGAGAAGAGCUUAUUUUAUUCUUCCGGGACUUGGAAUUGUUAAAUUAUCUCGUUUUAGACUGUGUUUGAGGUUCUGAUGGAAAUUCAUUGGUGGAGAACGUAGAAUUUGCCUUUUAUAUAGAUUUUUGGGAUUGUUUUUAAGAGAAGAGCUUAUUUCAUUUCUCAGGAAUUAUUGAAUUAGGCUGUUUUUGAGGUUCUAAGGGAAAUUCAUUGAUAUGGAAUAUUUGUCUUUUAUACAAGUUUUUCUUAUUUAAUUAUUAUUAAAAGAAAAACUUAUUCUAUCCCUCAGGAACUUAGGAUUAUUAAAUCAGACUGUUUUUGAUUAUCUGAUGGAAAUUCCUUUGAUGUAGAACAUAGAAUUGUUUCUUAUGCAGAUAUUUGGGAUUGUUUUUAAAAGAAGAACUUAUUUUGGGAGCUUAAAAUUAUUAAAUUAUCUUAGUUUAGACUGUUUUUUUUUUUGAGAUUUUGAUGGAAAUUUAUUGAUGUGAUAUAUGUAUACCAUAAAAUCCUUUCCGAGUAUUUAAUUAUUAAUUAUUUUAUUUAUUUAUUUUAUAAAUUUGAAAUGUUAUAUUUAUUAUAACACUGUUGGCCUGCUUGUGUAAACGAAUCUACGCGGUCGUCCAGUAUUUAUUUCCGGGAAAAUCGAUUUUAAAUUUUAAAUUUGAUUGCAUUACCUUUCCUCGAUAGUAGAAAGAGAUUUUUUCUUUCUUCUCUAUUACUCACAAUUCAUAACGAAAAAUCUUUUUCACUCGGAUAGGAAAGAAUUUAAAAUGAAGCAACUAAACUUGAUAUAAAUAUUUUAUAAAAUUUAUUCUAUUCAAUAUUAUUAGUUUUAUUGAAUAGAACUCUUCGAAAAAAAAAUAGUUGCUGAUUUGUUGAAAAGAGAUACUUCGAUGAAACAGUGCAACAAGUGCAUGCACGUCAUUAGAAAUGCG